AUGGGUGAUUUUAACUCUGUGCUAAGUACGAGUGACAGAGUGGGAGGUACUGUGGUAAAUAUGACAGAGAUUGUAGACUUUCAAGAGUGUGUAGAAAAAUGUGGUUUAGUUGAAUUGCCUCACCAGGGAAGUAGAUAUUCAUGGACAGACAGACAAAGUGAGAAUAGAGUGUUAUCUAAGAUCGAUUGGGUGUUUAUCAAUACUACAUGGUUGAAUACUAUGCCUGCCUACAGUGUUUGUUAUAUGCCUGAAGGGAUUAGUAACCAUUGCCCGAUGAAGCUUCAAGUAUUAGGUGCAGAGAGAAUGAAGAGACCAACAUUUAAAUAUUGUAAUGUGUGGUCUAAACAUCCUAAAUUUCUGGAAAUUGUUAAGGAAGGAUGGAGUGUAGAAGUGGUAGGGUGCAAGAUGUUGCAGAUAGUCAGGAAGCUUAAGCUUUUGAAGAAGAGUUUGAGAAAAUUAAAUGAACAAUACUUCUGA